GUGGUGGACGGGAGGGGGAGAGGAGGACCAGUGAAGUGAUGGCAGGGGAAGAGCCGACAGUCAGAGAGGAAUGAGAACUUGUCGGGGAUGGCGGACAAACCUCUGACAUUGUUUGUGAAGCUAUUUGCCGCUGGAUUUUAUGGCCUGAGCUCCUUCCUCAUCGUCGUGGUCAACAAAAGCGUCCUCACCAACUACAGGUUCCCCUCUUCAAUAUGUGUCGGAAUUGGACAAAUGUUGGCCACAGUGAUUGUGCUGUGGGUGGGCAAGGCUGCGAGGGUGAUCAGCUUCCCAGACUUUGAUGAGAGCAUACCUCGCAAGACGUUUCCUCUACCUCUUCUAUAUGUGGGAAAUCAAAUCACUGGGCUGUUUGGGACCAAAAGGCUAAAUCUGCCAAUGUUUACUGUCCUCAGGAGGUUCUCCAUCUUAUUCACAAUGCUGGCCGAGGGAUUUCUACUCAAGAAGAAAUUCUCUAGACCGGUCCAGCUGACAGUAUUUACAAUGAUACUUGGGGCGUUUAUAGCCGCAAGUGCUGACUUGUCUUUUGACCUGCAAGGCUAUGUGUUCAUUCUUCUCAAUGAUGUGCUUACUGCAGCCAAUGGAGCCUAUGUGAAACAAAAAUUAGAUGCAAAGGAGUUGGGGAAAUAUGGAUUAUUGUAUUAUAAUGCAUUAUUUAUGAUAAUUCCUACCCUAUUAUUGGCUCACGUGACUGGAGAUAUGCAGAAGGCAGUGGAGUAUGAUGGCUGGUCAGAUGUGCUUUUCCUCAGCCAGUUCAUCCUCUCCUGCAUCAUGGGGUUUGUCUUGAUGUAUUCCACCGUGCUCUGUACACAGUAUAACUCUGCAUUAACGACUACAAUAGUGGGCUGCAUCAAGAAUGUCCUAGUGACAUACAUUGGGAUGGUGUUCAGUGGAGACUACAUCUUCUCUUGGACUAACUUCAUUGGUUUGAAUAUCAGUAUCGCCGGCAGCCUGGUGUACUCCUACAUCACUCUGACCGAGGAGCAGACCAGCAAAGCAAGUGAAAACUCCAAACUAGAUAUCAAGGGCAAGGUCAUUGUAUGACAGAGACACUGGAUUUUACAUUUUUUUACGCUGAUGAAGAGGAAAAGUCUAUUUUUAGUACGACUUUUAUUUAUGGAGUAUUUCGGCAGCAGAUGUGUGAAAUCACGGCGUUCUAUGUCAGAUGUUGGAAGUGGAGCCACAACACAAGCAGCUGCCGAGGUUACGAAACCCUCCAGAAGGAACGAGGGUUGAUUUUGAUUUUUUUUUUUACAUGGAAUUUCCUUUUUUUAAAGAUUUGUUUUUAGAAAAUGUACUGUGAGUGUUGACAAGAAGGGAAACGUGGAACAAAUGUUAUUUAUAAAGCAUUAGAAAAUCCUGUAUACAAGCAAACGGAACGUUUCAAGCUGAAUGCUGGGAAGACAUAAACAGAGCUGGAAUUAUGAGUGAUUUUAACAAUGGGCACUGAUAAAUAGUGCAAAUAUUAAGUGAUGGUAUUUUUAAAGGCACAAUCCUUAUUUUUAUGGCCUUUUCUGUUUUGCUGUUUACAAGGAAUGUAACUUUGGAUGCCUUCUAAGCACAGUGAGAUGCACUGAUACUAUCGUUACCUGAAAUCUGUUGUAGUCUUACAUUUCUAGUCUUUUUAUUUGUUUGCGCAUACACUGUUAUAAGCUUGUUACAGACGAACGGUAAUGAUGGUGAUCUAACCUCAUCCUUCAAACUACCAAAGUGGGUGGGGAGGUGGGCUGUCAGUUCCCACUAAGGAUUGUGGCUUUAAAUCCUUUUGCUGCCUCCUUUUGGGAGAUAAUUUAACAGUUUUAACAGUUUACAUAUUGCUCCCUCAGUAUUACAGAAUGUGUGUUGUGGACUCUUCAAGGCUGUAGCUGGUUCUCUCUAUGCAGAAUUAACAAACAGUACUAAAGGUUUGUUUUUUUGUACAAAGGGAUCCAUCUUUUUUUUGGGGGGGGGGGGGGGACAAAUUAUCGCACUUUGAACUGAGGUAGUAUCUGCAAAAAGGUGAAAAUGAGUUUCUUCACCUCUCAUUGUCGAGUAUGAGAUUAUUGUAUUUUACUGAAAGGUCAGGUUUUUUAAAGUAUUAUAAGAUAAACAUUUAUCUAAACCUUUAAUAGUCAGGUACGAGUGUUAACUUUUUUUUUUCUUUCUUUUUUUUACAUUUCUAUUGUCAUUUUGUAUUUAUUGCCUAUUUUUAGACUAAUAUUUACUUUGUAGGUGGACUGGUUUGUCAGUUGCUGAUGCUGAUCUCACCCUGAACAGUAACAGUGUCACAGAUGUAUUUUUACAUUUCAAAUAUUUGUUGGUCAGGCUAAGUAUUAGGUUAUGACUGGGUCAUGUCAAAAGAUAGAGGAUCAUGUUUGGGGUACAUGUAAAAAGUGUUUUAUAUGUAAACUUAUAUUGUGAUUAAAAUUAUUAAAAUGAUACAUGGUCUU